GAGUGGCAGUGACUGGAAAUUAUUAUACAACCAAGCAUCGUGCCCAUAGUCAGUUUUGAAAUAAAAUUUGAAAAAUUGGUCAACCAAACGAUUUUUUUUUUAAAUGCGAGAUAACAGGAGCAAGUUAAUGUCAAUAAGAUCAAUACAAUAAUAAUUGUUGCGAGCUAUUUAGAUUAUGUUGACAUCUUGGUAAUUUUGACGACAUUAAUAGUUUCUCUUUCAAAAUUUUUGUUGAUUUAAAUAAUGCGCAAAUUUGGAAUGAUAAAUCCUAGACAUCACCCUGGUGAUGAAGAAGUUGCACUUUCUUUUAAAAGACCUUGCGUUUGCACCACAGAAAACGUAGAUAUAGAGAAAAGUUUUGUCUACGUCGAAGGAACUAAAACUGAUAACAAUAUUUCUGCAAAUUUACCUGAGCUCACUGAAAACGUAUGGUAUGAAAUUCGGCCUCAAAAGUUAUUUUCCAAACAGCCCAUACCUUUGGUGACUUCAAGACAGACUUAUAUAACGAGAGUAUUGCUUGAUGGAAAAUUAACUCACUUGGAAGCUGACGAGGAAGAUGUUGAAGAAGAAAAGAGUACGAUCAAGAAUGUUAGUAUUAACAUUAAAAAGUCUGCUGCAAGAUUCCUUGGAAGAGCAGGAGUUGAUUUUGAUUUUUAGAACAACAGAGAUUUUUGAAAGUUUGUAUGUCGUAUAAUAAUGAAAUAUAAAAAGUGUUGGUAGAACAUUAGGCAAGAAUGUAAAAAUAAAAAUAUACGAUACACUCAAAACAGUU